CAAAUAGUAGUAGUUAUUGUGUUGCAGCUGGCGCGAAUUAAAUCAUGUUCAAUGAAAGUGUGGUUAUAAUUCUUCAUUAUUGUUUAAAAACAGAUUUGAAAUGUUUUGUGAAAAAGCUUAUACUUUAGUAAAAGAUCUUUCUCGCUGUGAGGAUAAUUUACCACCAUACAAUAAUGAACUAGUCACUGCCGUAAACAAUGAAAUAAAGUUGCUGAUUGAAGAAAACCAAGAGGAUGCUCAAACUUCAACUGAUGAAUCUAACACUGGUACGUCUUUAGUUCCCACAAUGAAGAUUCGUCACGCGGCGGUGAAAAGAAACAUCCGUUGCCUUAUGGCUUAUCACUACAAUAGAAUUAAGUGUUUACGGAACAUAAGGUGGGAAUUUGGCAGCAUAUUACCAGCUGAUAUUAAAUCCCAUCUCAGUGCCUCCGAGAUAGAAUGGUUUUCUAAAUAUUCAAGAACACUAGCGGGGUACAUGAGAUCAAUUGGUGAGGAGGGUGUGAAUCUAGCUGUCAAUUUAAAGCCUCCAAAAGCGUUGUAUGUAGAAGUGCGGUGUUUGGUGGAUUACGGAAAGUACGAAUUAAACGAUGGUUCAAUUAUACUCUUGAAGAAAGAUAGUAGACAUUACUUACCCAGAUCUGAAUGUGAGGAGUUGAUACGACAAGGAAUAUUCCAGCACAUUGUUUAAAUAGUUCAAUUUUAUAAAUUAAUUUAAUUGUCUGGAAUAUAAGUUGUAUUUUUAUUUGAACGAAAUAAAGUAUAAAAAA